AUGCCGAUGCUCCUCGACAUCCAGCGGAAGCUCUUUGCCCGCUCCGAGCGGGUCAAGAGCGUCGACUUCCACCCGACCGAGCCCUGGCUGCUCGCAGGCCUGUACAGCGGCUCGGUCAACAUCUGGAACUACGAGACCGGCGCCAUUGUAAAGACGUUCGAGGUGACAAACGUCCCCGUUCGCUGCGUCAAGUUCAUCGCCCGGAAAAACUGGUUCGUCGCCGGCUCAGACGACUUCCAGCUGCGCGCGUUCAACUACAACACCCACGAAAAGGUCACCGCCUUCGAGGCGCACCCCGACUACAUCCGCUGCCUCGCCGUCCACCCGACGGGCAGCUACGUCCUCACCGGCAGCGACGACAUGACCAUCAAGCUGUGGGAUUGGGAGAAGGGCUGGAGGCUGAUCCAGACCUUCGAGGGCCACACGCACUACAUCAUGAACCUCUGCUUCAACCCCAAGGACUCGAACACGUUUGCCUCGUCCUGCCUCGACCGUACCGUCAAAGUGUGGACGCUCGGGUCGAGCGUGGCCAACUUCACCCUCGACGCCCACGACAAGGGCGUCAACUAUGUCGAGUACUUCCACGGCGGCGAGAAGCCCUACAUGCUCACGACGGGCGACGACCGCACCGUCAAGAUCUGGGACUACCUCUCCAAGUCGUGCGUCCAGACCCUCACCGGCCACACGUCCAACGUCUCGUUUGCCGUCUUCCACCCGUCGCUGCCGCUCAUCAUCUCGGGCUCCGAGGACGGCACCGUCAAGCUGUGGCACUCCAACACCUACCGCCUCGAGUCGACGCUCGACUACGGCCUCGAGCGCGUGUGGUGCGUCGCCUACAAGCGCAACGGCAACGACGUCGCCUUUGGCUACGACGAGGGCGCCGUCGUCGUCAAGCUCGGCAAAGAGGAGCCCAGCGUCAGCAUGGACGCGGCGGGCAAGGUGGUCUGGGCGAAAAACUCCGAGGUGCUCAGCGCCAACGUCUCGACGACCAUCGACGACGGUGUUCCGGAAGGCCAGAGGAUCCCAGUCUCGGUGCGCGAGAUGGGCUCGACCGAGGUGUACCCGCAGCUGCUGCAGCACAGCCCCAACGGCCGCUUCGUGACCGUGUGCGGCGACGGCGAGUACAUCAUCUACACGGCGCUGGCGUGGAGGAACAAGGCGUUCGGGUCCGGCCUCGGCUUCGCGUGGGCGAGCGACAGCAACACGUAUGCCGUCCACGAGGGCGGCGCCAAAGUCAAGGUCUUCCGCAACUUCAAGGAGCGCCCCGGCCUGCUGACGCUGGCGUACGGUGUCGAAAACGUCGCCGGCGGGUCGCUGCUCGGCGUGCUGGGCCAGGGCUUUGUCUGCUUCUACGACUGGGAGACGGGCGCCCUGGUGCGGCGGAUCGACGUCGAGGCCAAGGCCAUCCACUGGUCCGGCACGGGCGAGCUGGCGGCCAUCGUGUGCGACGACAGCUUCUACAUCCUCCGCUUCAACCGCGACGCCUACGCCGCCCACCUCGACUCGGGCGCCGACGUCGACGACGACGGCGUCGAGGACGCCUUUGAGGUCAUCACCGAGGUCUCGGAGUCGCUGCGCACGGCCAAGUGGACCGGCGAGUGCUUCAUCUACACCAACUCGACCCACCGGCUGCAGUAUCUCGUCGGCGAGCAGAUCCACACCAUCACCCACUCGGACGACGAGCUGUACUUGCUGGGCUACAUCCCGCAGCACGGCCGCGUCUACCUGGUCAACAAGGACCUGUCCAUCUUCAGCUACAACCUGUCGCUGGCCAUGGUCGAGUACCAGACGGCCAUCCUGCGCGGCGACCUCGACGCGGCGGCCGAGCUGCUCGGCAGCGUGCCGGCCGACCAGCGCAACAAGGUGGCGCGCUUCCUCGAGACCCAGGAGCUGCGCCAGCUCGCCCUCGACGUGUCGACCGACCCGGACCACCGCUUCGACCUGGCCAUCUCGCUCGACAACUUUGACACCGCCCUCGACAUUGCGCGCUCCGGCCCGCAGACGGGGUCCGAGUCGAGGUGGAGGACCAUCGGCGACAAGGCGCUGGCGCAGUGGAACGUCGCGCUGGCGCAGGAGUGCUUCGAGAGGGCGCAGGACCUCUCCUCGCUGCUGCUCGUCGCCACGUCGACAAACGACCGCGACGCCCUGGGCCGGCUGGCCGACCUGGCGCACGAAAAGGGCUCGACCAACGUGGCGUUUGCCGCCUACCUGCAGCUGGGCGAGGUCGACGCGUGCAUCGAGCUCCUCGAGCGCGCCGGCCGCGUGUCCGAGGCGGCCAUGUUUGCGCGCACCUAUGCGCCGUCGCGGGUGCCGGAGCUCGUGCAGCGGUGGCGCAAGGAGCUCGAGAGCACCAACCGGCACAAGCAGAACGCCAUCGCGGCCAGCAUCGCCGAUCCCACCACCGACGAGGCCCUCUUUGAGGAAGGGUGGCAGGCCGCGCUGGCGCGAGAGGCCGAGGCCUCGGGCCUUCCCGGGGUUGGCCCCUCUUGGACGGGCGAGCGCCUCGACUGA